AUAGUAAGCUGUGUGAACGGCGGCUCCGCCCUGCGCGCUAGGUGUGUGUGUCUCCUGGCCACGCCCACACUGCUAUCAUCGGAUCCUAGCAGCCUAGACCUGCCGUUCCUCCUUCGGUUCGUGCUGCUGCUAUUGAGGAUUUCAGGGAUUGAAAUGGUGGAAUGACUAUUUAAGACUUCAAAAUGAAUAAAGUGAAAGUGCCUACAGAGAAAUGCCUUUCCAACAAUUCUCGGAUUGUGAGCCUCCUGUCCCAGCUGGAGAAGAUCAACACGGAGUUAUCCGCCAUGGAUAUAGAUAAUGCAAGAUUUGUCACUUCUAAAAUCCUCCACUUGGCACAAACUCAAGAAAAAAUGAGAAAGGAAAUGACUGCCAAAGGAUCCACUGGUGUGGAAGUUAUUCUCUGUACGCUGGAGAAUACCAGGGACCAUCAAACCAUAUUAAAUAUUGUGAAUAUCCUCAAUGAGCUGAUGACAGCUGGUGGCGGAAGGAGAAUAAAUGUACUGAUUUCUAAAGGAGGAACCCAGAUCUUGCUACAAUUGCUGCUUAAUGCCAGUAAGGACUCCCCUCCAAAUGAGGAGUUAAUGGUCCUUCUUCACAGUUUGCUGGCAAAGAUAGGACCAAAAGACAAAAAAUUUGGAAUAAAAGCACGAGUCAGUGGAGCACUGAAUAUAUCUCUCAACUUGGUCAAACAAAACUUGCAAUGUCCAAAGCUGUUACUUCCAUGUCUUCAAGUUAUACGUGUGUACUGUAUGAACUCUGUAAAUGCUGUAUACCUGGGCAAAAAUGGAGCAGUGGAACUUCUUUUCAAGAUCAUAGGACCAUUCAGUAAAAAAAACACCAGCCUUAUGAAAGUCACUUUAGAUACCCUUGCCUCUUUACUAAAAUCAAAGACCAAUGCCAGAAAAGCAUUGGACCGAGGAUAUGUUCAGGGACUUUUAACAAUAUAUUUGGACUGGCAUCGUCAUGAUACUCGGCACCGGCACAUGCUGAUCAGAAAAGGCAUUCUGCAGUGCCUUAAAAGCAUCACAAACAUCAAGCUGGGUAGAAAAGCUUUCAUAGACGCGAACGGGAUGAAGAUUUUAUAUAAUACCUCACAAGAUUGCCAAGCUGUGAGAACUUUAGAUCCUCUUGUCAAUACAUCUAGCCUGAUCAUGAGAAAAUGCUUUCCCAAGAAUCGUCUUCCUUUGCCAACCAUCAAAAGUGCUUUUCAGUUUCAACUGCCUAUCAUACCCACCAGUGGGCCUGUGGCUCAGAUCUACAGCUUGCCUCCUGAAGUGGACGAUGUAGUGGAUGAGAGUGAUGACAAUGAUGAUUCUGAGGCAGACAUUGAAGCAGAAGCUGAAAAUGAAGAUGACAGCGAACAGCUAUUUAAGAAUGAUGAUAUAGAGACGGAUAUUAGUAAGCUCAAACCUGCACAAGAACUGGAAAGGCCAUUAGAAGAUCUAAAAAUGUAUGAACGAUUUUUUCCAGAGCUUUCUGAUGAUUUUCAGGACUUUGACUUGGUGUCAAAUGAGCCAGUGCCUGGAGCAAACCGCGGCGUCCCUAUUGUUGUUCCAACAGCAGGAGAGGAAACACUAUAUAAGCCAAGACAUAUCAUGAAGGAGCUAUCUAGAAAUAGCAGUAUUACAUUAGAAGACGAAUGUAACAAAAGACCAACAUUUUUACCUGUGACCAGGAAAGACAAUAGGAAAGACCGUAACAACUCCUUCCUACAGACUCAGGGUGAAAUUGAAAGGUCCUCGUGCUUCUACUUGAACAAUGAUGUCGUAAGGGAUCUUGACAAACUCUCAUUACAGAAGUCUGCAUCCAACAACCAUUGCAAAAAUGGAUGUGUCCCCACUAAAGACAAGCCCAAUGCCUUAUCUCAUUCCUGUAGUAAGACUGCUCAGAAUAUGUCAUGUAGUCAAAACUUGUUUGAUAAACAUUCUGUGAAUCUAGGACCUUUAUGUUGCUCUGGAGUUUUUCCUGAUGAUGAUGAAGAUGCAAGUCCAUUGGUUGGACGAGGCUUACAGAGUGUACUAGACAACGAAAGCUUAUUGCCCCUCCAUGAUCCAGACCUUUAUAUUGAAACUGUAAAAAAUACCAAAUCAGUUCCUGAAUACUCAGAAGUGGCCUAUCCAGAUUACUUUGGUCACGUACCACCAUUUUUUAAAGAGCCUAUAUUAGAAAGACCAUAUGGUGUGCAAAGGACUAAAAUAGCUCAAGACAUUGAAAGAAUGAUUCAUUCCAAUGACAUAAUAGACCGGGUUAUAUAUGACCUUGAUAAUCCCAGCUGUUCCAUACCGGAUGAGAGUGAAGUCCUCAAGUUCAACUCUAAGUUUGAAUCUGGAAACCUGCGGAAGGUUAUUCAGAUAAGGAAACAUGAAUAUGAUCUCAUCUUGAACUCUGAUAUAAACAGCAACCAUUACCAUCAGUGGUUUUACUUUGAAGUAAGCGGAAUGAAGACUGGGACUGCUUACCGCCUUAAUAUCAUCAACUGUGAAAAGUCCAACAGUCAGUUUAACUAUGGUAUGCAGCCCCUUAUGUAUUCUGUACAGGAGGCAUUGGCUUCCAGACCUUGGUGGAUCCGUGUUGGAACGGACAUAUGUUAUUAUAAGAACCAUUUUUCCAGGAGUUCAAUAGCUACUGGAGGUCAGAAGGGAAAGUCCUACUAUACCCUGACAUUUACUGUCAGCUUUGUGCACAAAGAUGAUGUUUGCUAUUUUGCAUAUCACUAUCCUUACACAUAUUCCACAUUAAAGAUGCAUCUUCAAAAACUGGAGUCUCUGCAUAACCCCCAGAAGAUCUACUUUCGCCAUGAUGUAUUAUGUGAAACUCUAGCUGGAAAUGGAUGUCCAGUAGUCACCAUAACUGCUAUGCCUGAGUCAAAUUACUACGAGCAUGUCUAUCAGUUCCGAAACCGGCCCUACAUCUUCUUAACAUCCAGAGUUCACCCAGGGGAGACAAAUGCUAGCUGGGUAAUGAAAGGCACACUGGAGUUUCUCAUGGGGAACAGUCCCACUGCACAGAACCUCCGGGAAUCCUACAUUUUUAAGAUUGUUCCUAUGCUAAACCCAGAUGGUGUUAUCAAUGGAAACCAUCGGUGUUCUUUAAGUGGAGAAGAUCUCAACAGGCAGUGGCAAAACCCCAAUGCAGAUUUACAUCCUACAAUAUACCACACCAAAGGCCUCCUGCAAUAUUUAGCAUCCAUCAAACGUAUCCCUCUGGUUUACUGUGAUUACCAUGGACAUUCCCGCAAGAAAAAUGUCUUCAUGUACGGCUGCAGUAUUAAAGAGACAGUAUGGCACACGAAUGUCAGUGCUGCCUCAUGUGAUAUUGUAGAAGAUAGUGGAUACAGGACUCUUCCAAAAGUCCUUAGCCAGAUUGCACCAGCAUUUUCCAUGAGCAGCUGUAGUUUCGUUGUGGAAAAAUCCAAAGAGUCUACUGCUCGCGUCGUUGUGUGGCGAGAACUGGGCGUCCAGAGGAGUUACACAAUGGAGAGCACACUGUGCGGCUGUGACCAGGGGAAGUACAAGGGUUUGCAGAUUGGGACAAAGGAGCUCGAAGAGAUGGGUGCCAAAUUCUGCGUAGGAUUACUUCGCUUAAAAAGACUGACCUCUCCCAUGGAAUUCAGCCUCCCUCCAAGCCUCCUGGAUAUCGAGAAUGAUCUGAUCGAGUCCAGCUGCAAGGUUGCAAGUCCGACUACAUAUGUUUUGGAAGACGAUGAGCCUCGUUUCCUAGAAGAAGUGGAUUACAGCGCAGAGAGCAAUGACGAAGCUGACCCUGAUCUCCCAGCUGCAGACUUUGAAACCUCAGCAGUAGAAGAUGAAGGAUUCUCGGAUUCUGAAGUCUCACGAACUUGUUUGAAAAGUGCACAGCGGCAAAAGGAAUGUUAACAGAGCCUGGUUUUGGCAAUAAAGCAUUUAGAAUUAGACGAGUUACUCGAGCCAAUGAAAACAAUAUAGCUAUUGCUGGCUUGAGAGAACCUUUUGUCGGGUCCUGCUAUGGGCAUAUAAAGUGCAGUCAUUUGUUCUUCUGCUUAUGUUGCAUGUUUUUUGCCCUGCAGGAAUCACUUCAGUUGAUUUUUCCAACCUUUAAUAUGUACAGAUGGCUGAUAUACAUGAAAAGCCACAUUCAGUAUUGAUGGUUGCACAGUAUUUAUAGUACUUGAUACAGACAUAUACUCCUAGGUGUCAUUUUUCUGCUGAUUAUUGCACUGUAACAUUUCCACUACUUGGAAACUUUGUGAAAAACUCAUUGCUCAUACUUGUGUUCACAGUUGUGUUCAGUACUAGCUCAAUAGCAACACAGCUAUCUUUACCUCUGUGUUUCGCAUGUCACUUGUGUCAAUACGGCCAUCUAUAGCCCAGUGUGUUUUUGUUGUUGUUUUCUUAGUUUCUUUUCCUUUUUGUUUUUUAGGACAUGUGAAAAUUCUACCCUAAAUUCAGGCACAUAUCUACAACAUCAGGUUUACAAAAUGUUUGUCAAUGACCUGGAGUUUUUGCUGUACUGUAUACUGCUUUUUCUUAAAGGGGCUGUCCUAACUAGACAUCACUUUAUUAGGGUACAUUCACACGGGUGGAUCUGUAGCACGUUUUCCGCUGCGAGUUUGAGACGCUGAUUCUCUUCAGCUAAUCUGAAGAUUAUGUUGACUGCAACAGGGUCUACUGUGGCUUUUUCACUCUCAAAAACCUGCCGCGACUCCAACCCACAGCUACAAACUCGCUACACAUCGACCCAAUUGUACCCUUAAACUGAAACAAACUCUACAAUCGGCUGAUCUUUGCUGUUGUGUCUAUUCAAACCACCAGGGAGCAGACUUUAUAGCUGGGGGGAAUUUCUGUGCAGCCACGCAAUUGCAUGUCAUAUUACAUGACCCCUAUCCAAAUAAAUAGGUGAACCCUGAAAACAUGACAAUGUUCAGUCCUCAAACGCUAACCAUAGAGUGUGUUUUGGGCAUUCUUAUAGCAGUGGUACACAACAAGUGGUUUAGGAGCCACAUUUAGCUCAUGACACCCUGCUGUGUGGCUCACUAUAGCAGUCUCAUAUUGAAAAGGUACAUGGCUUCACCCCAGAUUCAGACAGUCCUUAAUUUAAUACCCAAAAUUUAGUGGUAUGCAUUCAAUGGCCCAAAUUUAUAAAUCUCCAUGAAACUAAACUGUCUGGUUGGUUUUACCCAUAAUAUCCAAUCACAGCUCAGCUUUCAUAUCUUAAUGAGUUUUGGUAAAAUGAAAGCUGAACUGUGAUUGGCUGUUAUGGGCAAAACCAGACAGUUUUUGUCUGGACAAAUUUGUUUGUUGUUAUGACAAACACAGCAGAGUGUAAGAUGAAAUAUUGGUUGGGUUAAAAUCUUUUUGUAGCCAUCCUUUAUCCUAUGUGGUUUGUCCAUAUCUUAAGCUGGUUGUCUUAUCUCUUUCCCUUGUUGAUAUACUCAUGCUAUAAAGGGAAAACCUAUAAAAGAUCAGGAAAAAAAAAAAACAUCAUGGCCAAUCCUUUUUUUUUCUCUUGGGAAUAAAUGGUUCGCAGUUACUACUCAUAGAUCGUACAUUGGCCCAAGUCACACAGGUGUUUCUUCAUUCUUAAAAUUGAAUUGAAUGAUUUUCCAUCUAUGCAUUUGAUUCAUUCCUUGAAGUGUAGACAGCAGUUUAACAGAAUUGAACAGUAUUGCUGUCACUUAGGCUGUUUUCAAGCCCAUGCAACACAAUUUUCUGUGGCAUACAUGGUCAGCCUAGAAAAAUGGGAUGCCAAUGUAUACCACUGCGUGACCCUGGCGGACCAAUUAAAUGUGCUGAACGUAGUCUAGAAGUGACUAUAUUUGGUGUGUACUGCUUUUGUGUGGAACUUAAAAUAGAUGCUCAACAAUACUUUUGAGUCCCAAUAAAAAAAUGUAUAAGCUUGCAGAUGUGCCAAAAGUAAUCUCUUUUAGACUAUGUUCAGCGCAUUCAAAUUAAUUGGUCCAGGAGAUGAAUGUGGUAAAUGCAGGCAUCCCCUUCUCCUUGGCCGCCACAGAAACUUUCAUCACGUAGGUGUGAACCUAGCCUUAUUGAUGACUGCUUUGUGUAUGUGUGUGUGUGUGUGUGAGCUGAGGAAGGACGUUUCCAUGUUGUUCGCUUUUAUUUUGAUUUUGUUUGUUUUAGGUAUGACACAGUCCAUAUGAUGAAAAAAAAAAGAAAAAUUAUCCUGGACUAGAUUUAUGAACAAAUUUUGGUAGGGCUGUUUUUCAUACAAAAUAUUUUACCUUAAUAUUUUAGUGACUCACAUCUUUGUAGUGGUGCCAGAAGUAUCUUUGAAUGAAGAUACUAAACUGUAAACCCUAUCAUAUUGUUAAUACAUAGUUAAAAAAAAAUGAAUAGCACUAAGAGCUACACUGUUUUCGUUACUCCCUUAAUGUCAAUGGAAAUUACGCAAAUUGCAUAACACAGUGUUUAUUUUAACCCCUGACCUUCUCUACCAACUGCAAACAGGCUGGAGGUGGCCAGGCAGCUAUAUUUUUCCUUCAUGGAAAAAUCAUUGUGGGCAAUCCUUCGUUGACCACAUGACUUGCUGAUAAGACUUUUAUUAUUGGCUUGUCUGAUUUGCUUCUUUUAUAUUUGUCAUGCCGCUAUUUUAAUGAAAGUUUAUUUUUACUAUUUUUGCAUCAAUCUGUAGUGAUUUGUGCCUCUCAAGUUUCUUCAUCCUCUUCUUUCACUAAAAUUUGCCUGGAAGAAACCUGUUAAAAACAGAAGCAGGUAUGAAGAUCAGUAUCUUUCCCUCAAUGACUGUAUGACUGGGGGGCAUGGGGGCGUCAGCACCACUCUUACAUUACACAGGAAAAGCCCACCAACUCCACUGGUAUGGGAAGAAGCCAAAACUACACUGAACAUUUCUGGCUCUAUUACUUGUAAUGAACAUGUUGGAUGGAUUCUGUUAUUUUUUGUGAAUAAUAGGUAUUUUUUAUAGCUUGGCAUUUCAGGUGUGGAUGCAGUUAUUUCCAAUAUCCCAAUGCAACCCAUCCAUGUAAUACUCAUAGGGUUAAGAAAUUACGGGGAGAAGAUUUUUUGGGGCCUGACACUUCAAAGCUGCUUUAGCUAUGUAUGUGCCUGUCUGUGUAAUGUUAAAAUGCAAGUGUUUUCUUUCAUAUUAAAGUAUUUAUUUGCUUAGCAGUAAAAGAAAAUCUGGGACUACCAUGUUCCAUGGAUGUAUAAACAGCUAAAUCAGCUCUACACUAUCAGGGCCCAACCCAACAACACACAGCUUCCUGUGAAUGUCACAUAGCGAGAGUAGGUUCCUAUAGUUAGGCUUUACUCUAGCUGGUGUAAGUUUUGCUGCCAUGUUUUAUUCUUGUAAAUGUAUACCAUUCAUAAAUACAUGCAGGGAUUUAUAUAUUACACUAUUACAGAACUUCAGGUAUAAAGUGCUAAAUAAGUUAUGAUUACGAUCACCGAAGUUUCAAAUAUUUAAUAUUUGGGGAAACUAAGUUUUAGUUUUGCCUGCAAUUUUUCUUACAUAAACAAUGUCAAAAACCUGUAUUUAAUUGUAUUUUAUUGUUUAAGAUGUGUGUGUUCUAGUCUAUUGUAAAGAAUAUAUAUAUUCUUAUUUAUUCACAACAGGGACUGGGAAUCUAUGUACCUUCUGAAUAAUUAAGUUUGGGAUUUUCCAAUGUGCCAGCUACUCGGUACAGAUUUACUUUAAAAUAUAGUGAAAAGUGAAUUGGGUUUUGUGCUCUGGUAAGGACAGAAGUGAUAGAUCAUAUCUUCAUAAUGCAAGAUGUACGAAAAUGUGUUGAACGUACAAACUGCAAAUUAUUGAGCCUUUUGACCCAAGAAAGAUCUACAUUUCUUUACGUACAACUACUUAGAUGUGAUUCACUUUAUUCACUGCUCUUUGAGAUUUAGGUCCUAAAAUGAGUGAUAUGAUAUUUGUUAAUGUUUGACCAAUUCAAUGUAUUCUUUUAUUCUUUUACAGAUGCUGCAAAAUGUCAUUGUGUGUUUUGUUUUCUUAGCCUCUUUGUGUGCUGUUGGACUCUGUUAGGCCUUGGACUUUGCUGUCCUGAAGUGCACCUUAUUCUGUAUACUUUGAAAUGACAUGUAUUAACCAUUAGCUUUAACUUCAUUGUAAAAAAAGAUGUGAACUUAGAAACUGGAAUCUUUAGAGAACACUGUUGGUUUAUCAUGCAUAUGGUGCCAUUUUUAUGUUCCUUUAAAGCAAACAUCAGUAACUUGCAUUAUAGUUCUUGUUAUUAAGACAUUGCUUUUAUGGUGAUUUCUUAAUAUAGUCUGGGAACUGGAAAUUCAGAUCUUUUUGAGUUUCCUGGUAUCUUGUCAGAACAUACCAAAUAUUUUGUGAAGCCUAAGCCUGAUUCUCUCUAUAGGCAGAAUACAAACAUUUCCCUCAAAAUAGGAGCAAUUCAGAUAGUAUUCUAGUAUAUUAGAGAAGGUACAGUAUAUAGUAACCUACGCUUUCAGCUCCAGAUCACCAGUUAUCUAAGAACUUAAGGGGAGACAUUAAAACUUGUGCAGAGAAACAGUGGCACAGUUGCACAUAGCAACCAGUUAGAGUGCUCCUUAUGUCUUUAAAAGCUGGAAUUUGAUUGCUAUGGGCAACUGCUUUACUUUUCAGCACAGUUUUGAUAAAUAUCUACUUCAUUGCAGUCAAUGACCCUGAUUUACUAAGAAUGGAGUGUAGUUUUAUUUGUGGGUUUUGGUUUCCGACAGGUAUUUUGCUAUUAUGUGUUUGCUAUCUGGGGACUAGAGUUGGAGGAAUCCCUACAGACAAAGUGAUUGCACAAAAAUUGUCCUUUGUAUUCAAGAAAACUAUUGUGUGGAGAUUUAUACCACACAGAAUUUUUGGACACUGCUGUAUGAAAGAUUUAACUAAGCUAAUAAAAUGCUUACCAGCCA